CCUGGCAGGCUGUUGCUGGUUGCAGGCACUAGGAUCCCGCGGAAGCCGUUAGCGUUAGCUUUGCUGCUCCUUCCCUCAUUGACACCGUGUGGCUCUCGAUCCCCGGUUCCCAACUCACCGCUCCCCCUGCAAGAGGCAGCCCGAGCCGCGCUGAUCGCCAUCAGUCGCCGCCGGCGCCACCACUACAGCUUGGGCAGGUGCAGGAGGCAAGGGAGAAGGGAGGAUGCUACAAGCUGAAAAAUGGCUGCUGGAUCAUCAUCACCACCAUCAUCAGGAUGCUCAGAAAAAAUGGAGAAAGAAUAAGGACAUGAACAUUUGAACAUAUACAGAACCUCAGCCAGCUGCUGCGGCCAUGGAACAAGAGUAUGCUUACAUCAGUACUGACAUCAUAUACGGCGGAGCCAAACAGGAUGCAACGCAGUAACUUACACUACAUGGUCCGAGUUCGAGCAGUUGUGAUGACCCGUGACGACUCAAGUGGGGGAUGGGUGCCAAUGGGAGGGGGUGGCCUCAGCCAUGUCAUGAUCUGCAAGGCGAGGCGCCCUGAUGACAGCCACCAACGGGAGUACCUCAUUUGUGGAGAGAGGCUUCGUGAUCAAACGACAAUCCUGGAAUGUGUGCUUAAGAAAGACCUUGUUUAUAACAAGGUUAAUCCCAUUUUUCAUCACUGGAAAGUCGACGAAAAUAAGUUUGGUCUAACAUUCCAAAGUCCUGCUGAUGCAAUCACAUUUGAAAGGAGCGUGCAAGCAGCUGUGGAAGAGCUGGAACAAGGAUCCAUUUCGCCAUCCUCAUCCUCCACUCAGGAUGAAGCAGAAGCAGCAGAUGAGGCUACUGCAAUACAUACAGACAGUGAAUCCUCUUCUAACAGCCGAAAGGAGAUGCUUCCAAAACACAUCACAAUAGUAACUAGUGAGUCCUCUUCCAGUUGCUAUGUUCGGUCACCUGCAUCAGAAGAGUUUGCAUUUGGUACAACACAAACUGCAACAUCACCAGCACAGGUGCACGUUCAGCCUCUGCAGCAGCUAACUCUACAUGAUGAAGAAGAAUUGGAGAGCAUCAACCCCUGCAAGGACCUCUGGGUGCUGAAAGGUUAUGAGGACUACAGACGAGCAGUAAUACAGAAUCAGCAGCAGGCCCCAGAGAAAAAGGAAAUCUGUGUUCAUUUUGAGAAGGGCAAAUCAAAAGAAAAGGAGUAUCGCUAUCCAUCUGGCCAUGAAAGCACCUCUAAGGACUCCAGAAGCUCUCCAUCAUGCAAAAUCCAUUCUGCCUCCUCACCAAAACUAAAGGACCUCAAAGAGCAGCCUGAAGAGGAUACUGUUCCAUCCCGCUGUGUUUAUUGCAGGGAUGUCUUUAAUAAUGAAGAGAAUGGGAGAGGUCAGUGCAGGGAUGCCCCAGACCCCAUUGAACGAUGUGUGUACCAGUUCACAUGUAUGUGGUGUGCAGAAAGCAUGCUGUAUCACUGCAUGUCAGAUUCAGAAGGAGAGUUCUCAGACCCCUGCAGCUGUGACACUGGCCAUCCCCAUUUCUGCAUCCGGUGGAUGGCCCUUAUAGCCCUUUCACUAGUGGUACCUUGUAUGUGCUGCUAUCUGCCCUUGAGAGCAUGCCACCAGUGUGGGGAACACUGUGGUUGCUGCGGUGGCAAACACAAGGCUGUGCGAUGAAAGGAGGGAGGGUGUGAAGAUAAUCAACAAGGAGGCACUUUCUGGGGAAAAAAAAACAUCCAAUGUUAUAUCUUAACUGGUCUAAUCCAGUAUGAGGCAUUGGGUAUUUGGCCCAUGAGUGGCCAAGCUGAAUUUAAGGUGGGUCCUUCAAAAAUCUCAGGAUUGGUUAAAGCGUGCUCUUUUGACAAUUAGACCUGUAUGGAUUUUACAGGGAUUUCUUUAAAAAGCAAAGUGUUUUGUUGGAUUCUGCUUAAAGGCUGUUUUAGGAACAUAGAAAUUUGAGGAAAAGAAAAAUUGUCUAUCAAAAAGAAAUGGACAGUUUUUUUUUAGUAUUUGAAGAUGCAGUAUUCUUCUUCUCUCCACAUCCCCAGGUAUAUGAUAAACAAACUUGCAUUUCAAAAAUAGGUUAUCAUCCAGUUUGCAGAUUAGGCAGUAGCCCAUUCUGUAUGUGGUAUGUACUCUGGUGAGAAAGACAGACUACUUUCAGAGUAUUGAUUAUGACUGUGGGUGUUACGGAGAAUAUUAUGCCAAAUUCAUCAUACCUGGACAGCUCACAGUCUUUGACCUUCACAAUACUGCAGUUUUCUCGUCAAAUGAAUUGCUGUCUUAAUCUGUGUUCAGUUUUUGGAGAAAUGCUAUAAGAUGAUCAGUGUGUACCUUUUAUGUCUUGUUUCUUCCUUUUGAGUAUCACCCCUGGAAAGAAGGUGUCACAUUAAUAUCAAUGUAAUGGAGGUUUUAGCUUCUCCAGUAUUUGUUGCAACACUUACCAUUUCCCUGUGUUUUUCCCAUAUUGAUUACAGAGUAGGUUUUCUUCCUUUACAGUACCCAGAUCAAAAAUUUACAAUACAUUCGUUUGCACUGUGCUAUCUGCCAGUUCAUUAGUACUGAGAAACACUGAUAUUUUAAGUUACAGGACAAAGUCCUACAGCUUUUUUCUGGAAUCACUUGUAUCAGCAACUAGUUCAUGGAUUUGUUGCACAGGCAGGAGGAAAAGAACAGCCUAACAAUAACUGCUAUCAAAUUCUACCAGACGGUCUCCAUACUAUGUAUGACCACAUUCCUAAGCACAUUCCAAAGCUGUACUUUGUUGCUUCACACAUUCUGUUCUCUUUCCAUGGUCAGUUCUGUUCUAAAAGCUAAAUCAGAUGUAAGAAGUCCAAAGGUGCAGACCUUGCAAAAAUCCUGAAGUGCAACUUUCUAAGAAACCCCUUUUACCGCAGUCAUUCAAAAAAAAAAAGAGAGAAUGACACACCUUAUAUAUAAAUGGCUUAAGAUAUACUGAAAAUUGUAAAUGAAGUGAGCGUUGUGAAUGUAGGGGGUUAAGUAUGUCAUGACUCUAUGCAUCUAUUACAAACCUCUGAUCUAAGUGAAUGAUGCUGUACUACUUAUAAAUCACAGAAGAAUACUUUUCAUGCUGUGUGGCAUCUACAAAGUGACCACUGUCCACUUUGUCCAUAUGUACAACUAAGAGUCCUAGCUACACACCUAACUGCUUGAAAACAAUGGCAUUGUUCACUGUAUUUAUACUCAUUGAACAACUGUGAAAUAAAGCACGCUCAAUCUUAGCUUAUGUGUAUGUACUAAACGAGGGUUUAAUGCACCUCAUAAAUAUCACAAGUAUGUGUGGCAGAUGAAGAACUUUUCUUUAGAACAUGGUCAUGCAGAGCACUGUUUUAAAAUCUGUCCUCUGUAUGUACUAAUGUUCUAGCACAGUUGUGGCCAUAUAAAUAUAAAGAGUCCAUUGCCAUGACAACUUUGUUUGCAGAUUAGGUAACCAUUUUGUUGUUUCAAAACAAGUACACCAGAAUAUUCAGCUGUAAGAUGUUGCACUCAUCUGUGGGUUAGUUAGCCUUUAUUUUCUACCCCAUCAUUAUAAAUCAGGAUCUGUGCAAAAGGUGGGAGUAGUGCGAUCUUUUUUAAAACACCUCAUAAUUCUUCAAUACUAUGGGAGUUUUGUCCUUAGUAUAUUAGUAUACUAGUAUUACUGGAGCAGACAGCACAUUGUAUUACCUCCAGGAUUUGUUCAGUUUUCAUGGCUGUGGUCUGUUUCAGAGGAAAAGAGAUAAUUUGGGCCACAUUCCAUCUUUUCUUUUCAAAUAUGUCACUGCAUUACUUUUAGCAGUUUGAGAUUUAUUAGUAUAGAAGUGACUGGAUGCAAUCUAGACCCAAAAAUAAUGGGAAUGAAUCGUGUUCUUUAAUGAUACAGGAGAUUGUCAAUGUAAAGUACAAGAACAGUUUUUUACACUUUGCAAGUAAUAGAUGUAAUCGAGAAGAUGUUUCGAAACUCCUCUACCACCAAAAGAAAUAUAUAUUUUGGCCUGGCUGGGUUAGUUUGAUAUCAGUGACAGUCUUGGCCAGUCAGUAUUGCUUUUGCAGUAUAGAAAUGCUGCAUAAGCUCUCCUUGGUACUGCACUUACUGCUCGUGUGUAGUAGAGGGCAAUCCCAGCAUGCACUUAUAGUGAGGAGUGAGACCUGCCAUUAGUGACAAAUAUAUGGCUCUAAACAGGAUUAGUGUCACCAUCUAGCAUUUCUUCCACAAGUGUUGGGGGUUAUCAUUAAGUGCUAGUGUUAGACAUGUCAGUCCAGAGCCAAGCAGUGAUUAAAGUUGCCACCUUUUCCUCUUUAAACAGAGCAGUCCUAUUUGGUCAGCUGUGUCCUGCAGGAAAAAAAAAAAACAUGAAUAAUGCAAAAUGCCCUGAGAUUCUAGAAAAAUAAAUAUUUCUUAAGUUUCCUUAAAAUUCUGUAAAAGUGAGAUUACAUUUAAGCAACAAGUGAAGCCCAUUCCAUAUAACUGAUUACAGGUAUGAUUUGUCAUGGAAAAUUACACAAUUUAAGAAAACACGUCCCUCUUUAAGCAUGUAGCCUUGAUGUCCUUAGUAUCUGUCACCUUGUAAUAAGUCUCUAGCCUGUCUUUGAUGUAAUCAUCAGAUCUGAAAUAUGGUCGCGUAUGUGGAAAUGAUUGCACCUUUAUACAGAAGAAAAUAUAGCCAGUUAAAUAUACCAGAUAAUUUCAUCACAUAAAAACAUUGUAUUUUGUUAUUAUAUUCAUCUUUAGACCCAUAUAAGAACAAAAAUGUUCAAAAAUUGAUCUUUACAUCCUGGUUUGAUUUAGGGUGCCUUUUGAAAUGCUUACUUGCUUUAGUUGCCUAUAGAUUAUUCAACGUAAAGAACAGAGGAGGCAGGAUACCAGUCACUGCGAAUAUGGCAGACAGCUCCAGUAAUCAUUACAAAAGUCAAAUAUCACAUUGUGGGGCAGUAAACUAUGUCCUAUACAAAAGGAAGUCAUUGUACAGUCAGUAUCCUAGUAAACAUUCAGGGGAUACACAGAGAAGAUUAGAUUUAUCAUUGUGAGGGAAAAUAAGUUAUGAUUGCAAUAGAAAUGUAAUAUUUAUAUAGGAUCUUUGAUGAGCUAAUGUACAUUUUGUUAGCAAAUCAUUUAUAAACUUGCUUCCUAUUUAGUUUCUCUCAUAAAUUCGUGUGUGUAUUUUUACUUGUGUGGCAUGUCUGCCAUCAAAUCAUGGCUAACAGAAAUAAUUUUAUUUCUACCUGUAUUUUAUUUCUUUCCUGCCCUUGUUUCAAUGGGCUGGUGCACUAAAAAGGCACCUUGCUCCAUGUCUUACAGUCGGAGCUUCAAGCCCCAUCUCUGAACUAGCAGCUUCCUUGUUGCAUUGUUAUAACACACAGUGGCGCAUUACCAUUUGCUUUGCGCAAUGGUGAAGAAUACUUCAUCCACACCCUGUUGUUGGAAAAUAUGUCAUCAUAUACUGUAAUGCAGUUCAAUGUCUCCUCAUGACCUUUUAUUUAACAGAGAGCAUGAUUCUACAAUCUAAUGCAGUGGCAAAUAAGGAGCUGUGACAAUCCAUGCUUGAAUGCAGACUGCAGCUACUGUCACUUUCUGACCAUCUCAGAGCUUGGUCACAUAAUAUGAGUUUAAACAUCAUCUCAUAAAACUUGGCAUAGGUGGGGUUUGUGUAACUGGUUAAACAUAUUUUGGAUGCAGAAUCGCAACAUGAGGAGGGUAAUACUGAUACGACAAUAACCUGGAAGAGAAACGAAUCAUGGUUAUCCUCCCAACGAAUCAUGAUUGUCCUCCCAACGAAUCACUCUUACCACCCAUUUCAUUUAGUUUGCAGUGGAAGCUGCUUGACGUGUAGUAAUUGAUGACAUUAUAUGAUUACAUGGUUACGUUGCUUUCAAAGUACUAUAAGUGCAUAUUCCUACUUUUAGGAGAGAUGAUCAGUGCUAGUCAGUAAGUACAAAUCACCAUUUUACUUUUAGAGAGUAGAAAUUUU